UUCUAAGACUUUUAAAUGUAGAAAAAUAAAUCAAUAGCAGCGAGCGUUCAGUCAACUAUUGAAUUGAGGAUAUGGUCAACGCGAUGCUGCAAAUGCUUUGAAGCGUUUUUUAAUUGAACAUUUAUGAAGAUGCGAUUAAAUUACUACAAAGUGCUCGGCUGCAGCAAGGACUCCACUCAAGAGGAGAUUAAGCAUGCUUAUCAUCGACGCUUAUUGCAGUUUCAUCCCGAUAAGAAUGAUGUCGUGGAUAUCCAAGAGUUUCAUGACGUCAAGGAAGCUUGGCGAGUGCUCGGACAUCCACAAUGCAGGAAGAAGUAUGAUGCAGUCUGCAAACAGGAACAGUUAGAGGAAGAAGACAAUCCUGUGUACGCGCGUCUCACACCGCAUGAACUCGAAGAAUCUGCUCUUGAGGACACAUUGUUUUACCGCUGCAGGUGUGGCGAAAAUUACUUUAUUGAACGAGAAGCUCUUCGAAAAAAAAACACUAUGUUCCAAGUGACGUGCGACGGUUGUACGCUUAUUAUCAUUGUUGAAACAUAGCACACUAAUAUUAGUUUAUACAAUAAAAUACAACCUUUGACGACAUCUAUAGAUUUUUGUUUAAAGAAGUCUGUAAAAUGUGACUGAACAUUAUUUAUUCAAGAUGAUAAAAUAAAAUGCGCUUUCUCUUCAUUAUAUAGUAAGAUAAGAUAAUACUCACAAUAUAUAGAAAAAGGUCGAAAUCGAACAUUUAUUUUGUACAAAAUAUGUUUUUUAGCACAAGAACAUGUGUACAGUUGUAAUAAAUUUAAAAAAAAAA